AUGUCAACGCCCACCAAAAAGCGAAAAAGAGACGUGUCGGAGUUCUCGCCGCCGCGCAAUCGGAGCAUAGCGUCAUUCUUCCAGAGUCAAUCUGCGGCCAAACCAGAGCAGCCGUCUUUACCACCCGCCGAAGAUAACGAGCAGACCCUCUCCGACGAAGCUCUCGCUCGCAAGCUUCAAGCAGAAUGGAAUCAAGAGGAGGAUUCAGCUCCGAGCAUGGAGGCCGAUACUCCAAUCAACGUGGUCGCGACCGCUCCUGCGAUUCUCGAUGACGACAUUUCGCGACCGAGCAACCCAGAAACCAAGAAUAAUAGCACAUUGUCCUUACAAUCGUCUACUGGUACAGAAGAUACGGUGUCUCUCGCGGUUCCUUUCGAUCAAAGUCCUCUCACGUUCGAUUCGAGGAAAUAUGCGGAGGAGUUGAAAUCGCACUGGGCGGCAGAAGGUGGCGAUGCCUCUUACGCCCUGUUGACUCGGGCUUUCGUUCUUGCCAAUGCGACGACGAGUCGUAUACGCAUCGUGGAUACCUUGGUGAACUUUCUGCGGGUCCUAAUCGAAGGAGAUCCUUCGAGUGUUCUCCCCGCGGUCUGGCUUGCGACAAACUCCAUCUCUCCGCCAUACGAUGAGCUGGAGCUGGGACUUGGCGGGUCCUCUAUCUCAAAAGCGCUUAAGAAGAUCUACGGACUCAACAGUCAAGGAUUGAAGUCGCUCUACGACAAGUACGGAGAUGCAGGCGAUGUUGCGUUCGAAGCUAAGAAAAAACAGAGCUUCACGUUGAUCAAACCGAAGCCGCUCAAGAUCAAGGGCGCAUAUCAGUCACUCGUAAAGAUCGCCGCCAGCAAAGGUAGCGGCAGUCAAGAAACGAAACAGAGAAUUGUGGAGAAGUUAUUGCAGGAUGCUCGGGGUGCAGAAGAGAGUCGCUAUAUCGUCAGGACUUUGGUACAGAAUUUGCGAAUUGGAGCUGUCAAAACAACAAUGCUCAUCGCCCUUGCUCGAGCAUUCCUGUAUUCCAAACCCGACGGUGCGGAAUUUUCUAUACCCUCCCAAAAAGAGCUUGCUCGUCUCAAGAAAGAAGAGCUCGCGGAAACCUACAGUAGUGCUGAAGAGAUUGUCAAGGCUUCGUAUGCCAGGCACCCCAGCUACAAUGAUCUUGUCCCCUGUCUUCUCGAAAUAGGGGUCACGGAAGAGCUCCUGCUGCGAUGCGGACUACAGCUUCAUGUGCCAUUACGACCGAUGCUAGGUAGCAUCACGCGGGAUCUUUCGGAUAUGUUGACGAAACUGCAAGGGCGAGAUUUCAGCUGUGAGUACAAGUACGACGGACAGCGCGCCCAAGUGCAUUGCGACGAAAGCGGGAAAGUGUCGAUAUUCUCUCGUCAUUUAGAGAACAUGACAGAGAAGUAUCCAGAUCUUGUGUCUUUAGUCCCUCAGAUCAGAGGAGAGAGCGUAUCCAGCUUCAUCCUAGAAGGCGAGGUUGUUGCGGUGGACCAGGAUACCGGUGACCUCCAGGCGUUUCAAGUCCUCACCAACCGAGCGAAGAAAAACGUCGACAUCGGGACCAUCAAAGUAAACGUGUGCCUCUUCGCUUUCGAUCUGAUGUACAUGAACGGGGAGCCCCUGCUUGACCGAUCUUUCCGCGAGCGCAGGGAGCUUCUACGGAGCCUUUUCGUCGAGAUCCCGAAACGGUUCACAUGGGUGAAAAGCAUCGAUGCAACGUCCGGAGACUCCGAGACGGUUUUGGAGUUUUUCAAGAGUGCCACGGAUACCAAAUGCGAGGGCAUCAUGGUCAAAGUUCUUGACAACCUACCCAAAAAUGGGAAUGGGAACGGUGAGGUUUCUAUGGACGGCACCAAAGAAUCUGAACAACAACCACGGCCUUCAUCUAGCACGGAAGACAAAAGGUCUGCCAAAGGUACCCGACGCAAAGCCCUGCUGUCCACCUACGAACCCGACAAACGCCUCGAUUCGUGGCUCAAGGUCAAAAAAGACUACAGCACCUCGUCCGAAACCCUCGACCUCAUCCCUGUCGCCGGGUGGCACGGCCAAGGCCGAAAAGCCAAAUGGUGGUCACCCAUCUUACUUGCUGUCCGGAACCCAGAAACAGGUACCCUAGAAGCCGUCACCAAAUGCAUGUCGGGUUUCACGGAUAAGUUCUAUCAAGCCAACAAGGACAAGUACACGGAGGGCAGCGCCAACGUGAUCUCACGACCCAGCUAUGUCGAGUAUGCCGGCGAGCCGGACGUCUGGUUCGAACCGCAGGAGGUCUGGGAGAUGGCGUUUGCGGAUAUCACGCUGAGUCCGACUUACACCGCUGCUAUCGGGCUGGUGAGCGACGAACGGGGACUAAGUCUCCGGUUCCCGCGAUUUCUCAAAGUCCGGGAAGACAAGUCCAUCGACGAAGCGACCACGUCGGAUUAUCUGGCUCUUCUUUGGAGAAAGCAGUCCGAGAAGGCACGACAGGAAGAAGCAGAGCAGCCAGUGCAGGAGGAGAACCUGGAGGAUUGA